AAUACAAAAUAAUUUCCUAAUUAAACAUAAGGUUUAUUACAAAAAGUGUUUAAUUUAUAUUAUAUAACAAUGUCUGUCCAAAUACCCAACGAUAUAAGCAAUUGGUUGUUUACGGCUGUCAUCGGUUUCAUUACCUUAUAUUUGGUGCGUUUCUAUCUUAGAGUAUUAUCAUUACCCAGGGGUCACAUUCCUCUACCAAUAUUAGGAAAUAUAUUAAAGUUUUUCAGAACAAAAGAAAACCAAUUUUUGACAAUCAAUUCAAUGCACAAAACCUAUGGACCAGUAUUUACCGUUUGGUUGGGUAAUCUACCAAUGGUUGUGGUAUCCGAUUAUAAGCUAAUUAAAGAGGCAUUCAAUUCAAAAGAAAAUGAAUUAAUGGGAAGACCUGUUACUAUAUUUAGCAAAAUAUUGCUUAAAAAUGGCAAAGACGUGCUGUUUACAGAUCACGGGCCUGUUUGGGCCAGUCUUAGACGGUUAGCCCACUCAGCAGUUAGAAAACUAGCAGUUAGUGAAAAGUUAUAUGUUUUGGCCAACGAUGCGGUUCGGGAAACAGUCGACAGUAUGAUUGCUACUGAAGGCUGCGAUAAACCAUUUAAUCCUAAAAGUUAUGUCUAUAUGUCAGUCAUAAAUAUCAUCGCUUCGUCAGCUUUUGGCAAAAGAUAUGCUUUCAAUGAUCCGGAGUUAAAAUAUUUUGAAAACAGUUUAGAGUAUUUCAGAUCCAAUACAAACACAAUAGGACUUUGCGAUAGAGUGCCGGUUAUGAAACUAAUUUAUAGUAAAGUUUUAAAUAAAACUAUUGCUGUUUUGGAUCAAUUGUCAUCUUAUAUCAAACAACAAUACCUAAAUCGCAUACCUGUCCACGAAAAUGGUGUGAUCAAUGAUUUCUGUGAUGCACUCAUUGAGGCCAAAGAGGAAGCCAUAGCCGAACAAAAGGAAAGCGCACCGCAUUUCACGGACACUAACUUGUCUUUAGUUAUUAUGGAUCUAUUUAUUGCGGGAACCGACACAACACAGUAUAUGAUGCGAUGGAUUAUACUAUUUAUGGCAAACAAUUCAAAAAUGCAAAAUAAAAUGAGAGACGAAAUCAAUGAUCUAAUUGGCGACCGAAUGAUUACACACGAAGACAAACUCAACUGUCAUUAUAUCAAUGCAUUUAUAGCCGAAACCUUACGUUUAAGAGGUGUCGCACCGUUAGGUGUACCUCAUGUUGCUAUGUGUGACACAAAAAUAGGUGAACACAACAUAAAAGAGGGUUCAUUAGUAAUGAGCAAUCUAUGGGCCAUAUCUCGCAAUCCCGAACUAUGGGACAGACCCGAUGAGUUCAAUCCAAACCGAUUUUUGUCAGCAGACGGAACGUAUAGGCCAUCUGUGCCCGGAUUUGCACCGUUCGGUAUCGGUAGACGUGUUUGUUUAGGCGAAAAGCUGGCACUGGCCGACAUGUUUUACAUAACUGUUCAAUUGUUACAAUCAACUUCUCAAUACAUAUUGACAGUACCGGGAGGUGACGGAAGUGCCGAUUUGGAACCCAAUCCUAAUAUUCUGUUGUUUAGUGUACCGAAACCUUAUGAAAUUGUAUUGAAAAGAAAAUCAUUGAUAAAAAAAUAA